UUCGGAGUCCAGCCCAGCAGACAGCGGUCGUUCACAUUUCGAACCCACAAAAACAAAUUAAAAUAAAAAUUAAAAAAAAAGGUAAAAAAGAAGGGACACGCAACAAGAUUUUUAGAGAGAGAAAGUAGAGAGAGAGAGAGAUCCGAAACACACAGAUCUCUCUCUGCUUGUCUGAAGCGAAAGUAGUGUGUUGUUUGGAUUGGACGAAUCAGGAAUGGCUGGGUACAGAGCUGAGGACGACUAUGACUACCUCUUCAAGGUGGUGCUGAUCGGGGACUCCGGUGUGGGCAAGUCCAACUUGCUCUCCAGGUUCACUCGCAACGAGUUCAGCCUGGAAUCCAAGUCCACCAUCGGGGUGGAGUUCGCCACUCGGAGCUUGAACGUGGAUGGCAAGGUUAUCAAGGCCCAGAUUUGGGACACCGCUGGCCAAGAAAGGUACCGUGCCAUAACCAGUGCUUACUACCGAGGGGCUGUUGGUGCACUGCUUGUGUACGACGUGACAAGGCAUUCCACUUUUGAAAGUGUCGAAAGGUGGUUAAGGGAGUUGAGGGAUCACACCGAUCCAAACAUUGUGGUGAUGCUCAUUGGCAAUAAAUCAGAUCUUCGUCACCUUGUGGCAGUCUCAACUGAGGAUGGGAAAUCCUUUGCUGAGAGGGAGUCCCUCUUCUUCAUGGAGACUUCUGCUCUUGAAGCAACCAACGUCGAUAACGCAUUUGCCGAAGUUCUUACGCAGAUCUACCGUAUCGUUAGCAAGAAGGCCAUGGAGACUGGAGAUGAUGCAGCUGCUUCAGCUGUUCCUUCCAAAGGAGAGAAAAUUGAUGUCAGUACAGAUGUUUCAGCUGUGAAGAGAGUUGGGUGCUGUUCCACCUAGGGGUUUCAAUCUGUGGGAUGUGGCUGCUUCGUUUUUGCUGCAUCUUGUUUCCAUGUACACUACGAUUAUGUAAAAAUUUUUAACAGAAGAUGCCUACAGUAGGAGGGAGAUAGGCCAGAUCUGUUUCAUUUUACUGUCAAUUUUUUUUUUUUUUUUUUUGGUGAUGAUCGAAAUUUUUAGCAGUAAUUGUUUAAGAACUGGGUAUUACAUCCAUUGCUUUCAAUCCGGUGCUGACCUGGAUGGGCUCAAAUCCGCACCAAAUAGUCUUUUCCGAUCCAUUAUGAAAA